UGCCUUAUUCAUCCUCACCUCGAAAAACUGAUCCAAAACCAACUUCAAUAAUCCAUUUUCUCUAUUAAUCCUACUCUCUUUGUCCUUAUUAUAGAUAUAACUUCUAUCUCCACAAACGCCCACUCAGUUUGUUGUUCAGCCCAUCACUAGAAGGGAUUUGUGAGAUUAUCUGUAGAAAUGGAGAUCACCAACGUUACAGAGUAUGAUGAGAUUGCGAAGCAGAAGCUGCCUAAGAUGGUGUAUGACUACUAUGCAUCAGGUGCGGAGGACCAAUGGACUCUCAGAGAGAACAGAGAGGCAUUCUCAAGGAUUCUGUUUCGCCCCCGUAUACUGAUUGAUGUAUCGAGGAUUGAUAUGACCACAACGAUUUUGGGUUUCAAUUUAUCUAUGCCAAUCAUGAUUGCUCCAACUGCCAUGCAGAAAAUGGCUCACCCUGAAGGAGAGUAUGCAACUGCAAGGGCAGCAUCAGCAGCUGGAACAAUUAUGACGUUGUCUUCAUGGGCUACUUCCAGCGUCGAAGAGGUUGCCUCCACUGGCCCGGGUAUCCGCUUCUUCCAGCUUUACGUAUACAAGGACAGGAAUGUAGUUGCUCAGCUUGUUAGAAGAGCUGAAAGGGCUGGCUUCAAGGCAAUUGCCCUCACUGUGGAUACUCCCAGGCUUGGCCGGAGGGAGGCUGACAUCAAGAACAGAUUCACACUGCCUCCAUUUCUAACACUCAAGAACUUUGAGGGCUUGGACCUUGGAAAGAUGGACAAGGCUGAUGAUUCUGGUCUGGCAUCAUAUGUUGCUGGACAAAUUGACAGAUCUCUGAGCUGGAAGGAUGUCAAGUGGCUGCAGACUAUAACAACCAUGCCAAUUCUGGUGAAGGGAGUAAUGACUGCAGAAGACACAAGGUUGGCCAUACAAGCCGGAGCUGCUGGUAUUAUAGUCUCUAACCAUGGAGCUCGUCAGCUGGAUUAUGUUCCAGCAACUAUAAGUGCACUGGAAGAGGUCGUCAAAGCUGCACAGGGCCGUCUACCCGUUUUCCUCGAUGGUGGUGUCCGCAGAGGCACCGAUGUCUUCAAAGCAUUGGCUUUAGGAGCAUCCGGUGUAUUUAUUGGAAGGCCGGUGGUAUUUUCUCUGGCAGCCGAAGGAGAAGCUGGCGUCAGAAAAGUCCUUCAGAUGCUCCGAGAUGAAUUCGAGCUCACGAUGGCGUUGAGCGGGUGCACCUCACUUAAGGAGAUCACUCGGAACCACAUCGUGACUCCUGCUGAGCAGAAUCGUCUUUUGCCGAGGUUAUAGAUUCCUCAGGGGUCUUGUGCUUAUAUUAUCAAGGGAGAAAAAUGAGACCAGAUUAAAAGACGUGUAUGCAUUUAAACAUUUGAGUUUGCUGUGACAAUGAUGAUGAUAUUUCAUAUAUUUCUGUUGAUACUGCAUCUUGUGUAUAUUUUUUAGUUGGUGUUGGUGAAAUGUUUUUGGAGUUCAAA